GUUUAGGUUUUAAGGAAUCGAUUCGUGGGUGUACGCGGAUACGUGGAGGUUGUUGUUUGUCUUGUGCAGUCGUUUUGGUUUCGUGAAGUUGUCUUGCUGCCUGCUGCUGCUGUUGUUGUUGUUGCUGCUGUUGUUGUUGUUGCUACACACGGAGAGAAGAGCGUGGUCAUCUUUCCUACCUCCACGAGGCUUAUUCUCCGACCUCCCGCCCCGGGCGAACGAGUCUCGAGGGAUCGUGUGGACGUCGAUCGAGGGGACAUGAGCUACCCAGGUUACCCAGGCGGGUGGGGAGCCCCUUCCCAGCCUCCCAUGGGAUUCCCAGAUAUGGGGAAUUUUAACAUCCCAGCUGGGUUCAAUCCGGCAAUCACCAACAUGGCCGGGAACCUGGCCCAGAGUGGAAUGUUUGGCCCGAAUCCUGCAAUGUACCCUCCUGGUGGUCCUGCCGGGAUGGGCUACGGGGCCCCUCCCGGACAACUCCCGUACGGCGCUCCACCAGCUCAGCCGUACGGCGCUCCACCUGCUCAGCCGUACGGUGCUCAGCCCUACGGUGCUCCACCAACUCAGCCCUAUGGGGCUCCACCGGCCCAACAGCCAUAUGGGGCUCCACCUGCCCAGCCAUAUGGAGCUCCACCCGCUCAACAGCCAUACGGCGCUCCACCAGCCCAACAACCCUAUGGGGCUCCACCAGGCCAGCAGCCGUACGGAGCUCCUCCAGCCCAACAACCCUAUGGGGCUCCACCAGGCCAGCAGCCUUACGGAGCUCCACCAGCCCAACAACCAUACGGAGCUCCACCAGUCCAACAACCAUACGGAUCUUCUGCAGGAAGCCAGGGCGCCCAGCCAGCACCUACUCCGUCCACCAUUACCGCAGCCCCUGUGAAGAAAGGACGGGGCACGGUUAAGGAACAGUCGGGGUUCAAUGGUCUAAAGGACGCGGAGACGCUAAGAAAAGCAAUGAAGGGAUUUGGCACGGAUGAGAAAGCCAUCAUUGACGUUCUCACAGCGCGCAGCAACAAACAGCGGCAGGAGAUCGCACUCUCGUUCAAGACGGCUUAUGGCAAGGACCUGGUGAAGGAGCUCAAGUCGGAGCUGUCGGGCAACUUCGAGUCGGUGGUGGUGGCACUCUUGGAGACGCCCACGCAGUACGACGUGAGCCAGAUUCAGGCGGCCAUCAAGGGUGCCGGCACAGAUGAGGAGUGUUUGAUUGAGAUUCUGGCAUCAAGAUCCAACAAGGAGAUACAUGAAAUCAACAAACACUACAAGUCAGUGACUAAACGGACGCUGGAGCAGGACAUCAUGUCAGACACGUCCGCCAACUUCAAGCGUCUCCUGGUGGCGCUGUGUCAGGGAGGCAGAGAUGAGAGCACCACGGUGGACAUGGCUCGCGUGCAGAAGGAUGCACAGGACCUCCUGGCCGCAGGGGAGAAUCGCAUAGGGACAGACGAAUCACGGUUCAACAGCAUCCUGUGUGGACGCAGCCAGGCUCACCUUCUCAGGGUGUUUGAGGAGUAUGGCAGAAUCAGCAAACACGACAUCGAGAAGAGCAUUAAGAGGGAGAUGUCUGGCAGUGUGGAAGAUGGAAUGGUGGCCGUGGUAAAAUGCUUACGGAACACCCAAGGGUUUUUCGCGGAGAGACUCUACAAGUCCAUGAAGGGCUUAGGCACCAAGGACAGCACGCUCAUACGCAUCAUGGUGUCACGCUGUGAGGUCGACCUCUUUGACAUCCGCCGCGAGUUCAAGCAGCUCUAUGGAAAGUCGCUGUACUCCUUCAUCGCCGGGGACACGUCCGGAGACUACAAGAAGAUCCUGCUCAGCCUAUGCGGCGGAGAAGAUUAGAUGUUCAACCUCUCCUUUCCCCACAUUUCCAACCCAAUCUAUCUCCCAAUACAUCUUAUGACAAUCCAGCUUCCAUCUCCCUGCAUGUCUAUCCAAACAUCUCUCUCUCUAUCUGCCAACGUGUCCCUCCCUAUCCCAACCCAGUCUGUUUUCUCAAAGCUUCUGAAACCGUCUCAUCUCCAAAUACUCCAGCUACCAACCUUCAUCUUCCAACCCACUUCUUUCCACCUCUCCAUACCUCUCACUUCUCCUUUUCACCUCUCACUCCGCGCUUUCCCUCGCACUUCAUCAUCCCAUGAUAGUGCACACUUGUGCCAGGGUGUGCUUUGCACACAAGAGGUGCCACUGCCUCGAGUAGGACGGGGGGAGCUUGUCUGCUGCUUACUGUGCCUACGGAACGAGGAAGCUGUCUCUUUGUGAUGAUACCGUUUGGCCACCGUAAAUUAUCACUGGUAUUGCAGUACUGUAAUCACACGUUAAAUUAGGUAAGUGCCCGAAUUAUUAUGCCACAUGCAUGGGUACGCAUGCGCACAGGAUCGUGUGGAUGAACACUUUGCCAUGAAACACAUGUCAACACCCUUACACAUACAAGAUACGUGUACAAAUAACAGCCUUAAACAUGUCUUUACACACAACAGCCUUGCAAGUACAACGGCACCAUUACACACAACUGACUAAAAUAAGACAUCCUAUAUAUAACUCAAGAUUGUGUGUAUGGAUAUCAUCACAAUCCGUGGAGGAAAUAUCCCGCAGAUGUCCAUUGCACAUUUUGUCAUCUGUAUAGCUAUGCACACCUUUUAAUACAAACACACGGCUAUGCCAUAAAGCCUUAGAUUUGUUGGGGCAAGUGCUACAACUGUGAACAGCUGCUCUUGUUCUGCACAGCGAGGCCACAACCAUGAUCGGCUGCCUGUGUCUCCCCAGUUCUGAUGUGUACACACCUACGCACAUACUAACUUUAGACUUUGCACCUAGGUGAGACCCUGGCAGGAUUAUCACUCGCAACCGCUGUAAGCCGUGGCUGGGAAUCAAACUUUGGUCACCGCAUAGCCUUAACAGACUGGGAUAGUGCCGUAAGCGAGCACAAAUUUGGACCCGGCACCCGAGGGGGUGGCCAGGCAGCAGCACGCCGCCUUUAUCUCCCCGUUGCUAAUGUUUACAUCGCACUGGGUACUCAUUUGAGGCUGAGUCGACCUAGGGGUGGCCCAGGACCAGUUCAGAUAAGUCACUGGUAGUGGCCGUGAAUGGGAAUCGAAUUCGGGUAGCCGGGUUCGUAGCACUCCUGCGCUAACCACUGCGCCACCCCUAAAACAGAUACAUUUAAAAAAAACCCUACCUACACGCGGCUAUUCAACACCUUUAGACUCAACACACAUGUACCGUGUAUCACAAAUAGCCAUAUACACUAAAAAAAAACCGAUGUUGCCUUUAAUACAAAACAUUCACAAUACCACUAUCACAAACGCCAUACACGAAUUUGUCUUGAAUGUGCUUGGAAUGUAAUGAAAUUAUUAACUCUACAACAUAUAAAGCUAUAUAUAGAAUAGAAUUAUGUAAACACGAGGGCUGAAAUAAAGGUUCUGGUGAUAAACAGA